AUUCCUUAUACUUUCAAGUUCCCUUCUACAAAAAUAGCUGAUAAAAACAGAUGCUUUCGGAGAGAAUGGAUCUCCAAGUAUCCAGGCUUAGUUUAUAGCAUAGAGGAGGAUGGAGCAUACUGUCUUCAUUGUGUUUUAUUUGAGAAGGAACCUGAAAAAAGAGGCAAACUUGUCAAUGCCCCUUUCAAAAACUGGAAAAAGGCAUUGGAAGUAUUUGAUGAACAUUUUUGGGGGAAAAGUACCAAAAGUUUAAAACGAGGUGGUACAGGUUAUCAGAGACACAUGCAGUGUGUAACAAAAGGUGAAAUGUUUGUUCAGCAGGUCAAUCAACAGACUAAUGUACACAUGACCAUGAAUCAUGGUUUAGAGAGCCGCAAGGAGAAAAAUUUGAUGGUUUUGGAAUCAAUUGUAAAGACCGUCCUUAUUUGUGGAAGACAGAACUUUGCUCUUCGAGGCCACAGAGAUGAUGCAAAGCACAUUGUAAAUGGAAAUACUGCAAAUAUUGGAAAUUUUCAAGCACUUUUGGACUUCAGAAUAGAUGCUGGUGAUAAAUUUCUUGUAGAACAUUUCAAAACAGCCCCCAAAAAUGCUACAUACAGGUCAAAGACUGUUCAAAAUGAAAUUAUUGACAUUAUAGGAAAUAUCAUUAGGUCAAAAAUAAUCAAAGACAUAACAGACAGUGGAGGGAUGUUUUCUGUAUCUGCAGAUGAAGCUAGAGAUGUAUCCAACACUGAACAGUUAGCUGUGUGUCUACGUUUUGUUGAUUUGGCAGGUGUCAUUAGAGAAGAGUUUGUUGACUUCAUAGAAGUGAGCGAUGAUACAAGUGGAGAGAGACUAUCCAAUGAGCUACUGAAGCUGCUUCCAGAAAUGGGACUAGAUUUAAAUCUGAUGAGGAGCCAAUGUUAUGACGGCGCAGGUAAUAUGACUGGACAUUUGAAAGGAGUUGGUCCCAGAAUUCAAAGGAUAUACCCAAAGGCAUUACACUUUUGGUGUACAGCUCACCAGCUAAACAGAUGUAUAGUUGCUGCUGCUAACAUUCCAUGUGUCAGGAAUAUGAUGGGAACUGCAGAUAAGGUAGUCAAGUUCUUUAAUUGGUCUCCUAAAAGGCAAUCAUUCCUAGAGGAUCAGCUUCAACAUUACAGAAAUGAAACAAAAAGAAUGAAAUUGAAGGAGUUAUGUAGAACAAGAUGGGUGGAAAGACCUGAUGCCUUUGAGAUUUUUUGGGAUUUCCUUCCAGCAAUAAUAGAAACCAUGGAAAAGAUCAAAUCAGUGGACAAAAGCCCGGUUGCAAUAAGUGACACACAAAGCCUAGAAAACAACAUUACAUCCUUUCAAUUUCUAGUCUCCCUGCUUGUGACAAUGAGAUGUAUUGGAUACCUAAAACAACUUAGUACAUCACUUCAAGGUAGAGCUGUUGAUGUUGUGAGUGCUCUUGAGUCAGUUAGCCUUGUCAAGGAAGCUUUACAGGAUGUUAGAGACAAUAUUGGUGAAUUUCAUGCUAAAUGGUAUUCAGAAAUAUUGAAGUUGGCAGAUGAGUUAGAUGUAACCCCAUCUAAACCAAGAACAUGUGGGAGGCAGACAAAGAGAUCAAAUGUGCCAUGUGAAUCAACAGAGGAUUAUUACAAGAAAACAAUGGCUAUCCCUCUGCUUGAUCACAUGUUAACAGAAAUGAACUCAAGGUUUGGUGACCUGCAAAUCAAGGCAUCCAUGGGGCUUCAGGAUUUACAAUGA